UUGAAAGGAGCAGGGUGCGGCUUGCCCAAAGGCCGCUCUCUGGAGUCCUGGGACCGCAGCCACGAGACCCGGGGUGGCUGGAGGGAAGUGAGGGGUGGACUCAGCCCAGCCCUGGCUGGGUGAGACCCUUUGACACCCACUCUCCUGGACCACUGACAGCCAUGGCCGUGGCCCAGCAGCUGCGGGCUGAGAGCGACUUUGAACAGCUUCCUGACGACAUCGCCAUCUCAGCCAACAUUGCCGACAUCGAGGAGAAGAGGGGCUUCACCAGCCACUUUGUUUUCGUCAUUGAGGUGAAGACGAAAGGAGGGUCCAAGUACCUCAUCUACCGCCGCUACCGCCAGUUCCACGCCCUGCAGAGCAAGCUGGAGGAGCGGUUCGGGCCAGAGAACAAGAGCAACGCCUUCACCUGCAGCCUGCCCACGCUCCCAGCCAAAGUCUAUGUGGGUGUGAAAAAGGAGAUUGCCGAGUCGCGGAUACCGGCCCUCAACGCCUACAUGAAGGGCCUCCUCAGCCUGCCCGUGUGGCUGCUCAUGGACGAGGACGUGCGCAUCUUCUUCUACCAGUCGUCCUACGACGCCGAGCAGGUGCCCCACGCGCUCCGCCGCCUCCGCCCGCACACCCGGAAAGUCAAGAAUGAGUGCCCACAAGGUGCCGGCUUUGACCGCAUGGCUGCUCCACGAGCAGAGGCACUGUUUGAUUUCACUGGGAACAGCAAACUGGAGCUGAAUUUCAAAGCUGGAGACGUGAUCUUUCUCCUCAGUCGGAUCAAUAAAGACUGGCUGGAGGGCACUGUCCGGGGAGCCACGGGCAUCUUCCCACUGUCCUUCGUGAAAAUCCUCAAGGACUUCCCGGAGGAAGACGACCCCACCAACUGGCUGCGCUGCUACUACUACGAGGACACCAUCAGCACCAUCAAAGACAUCGCGGUGGAGGAAGACCUCAGCAGCACCCCACUGUUCAAGGACCUGCUGGAGCUCAUGAGGCGGGAGUUCCAGAGGGAAGACAUCGCCCUAAAUUACCGGGAUGCUGACGGGGACCUGGUUCGGCUGCUGUCGGAUGAGGACGUGGCGCUCAUGGUGAGGCAGGCCCGAGGUCUCCCCACCCAGAAGCGCCUCUUCCCCUGGAAGCUGCACGUCACCCAGCAGGACAACUACGGGGUCUAUAACACAGUCCCCUGAGCCGACGGCAUCCCUGGGCAGUGAGGGGACACCUGGCAGCGCCCUUAGAGGAGACUGGGACCAGGAAAGGCUGGGAGCGCGGGGAAAACAUCCUCGUUCCAACUCGGUGGACUUGCUGGGCUUGGCUCUGUUGGUCUCUACACUUGGUCUCUGAGUUAAAUAAACCAUUUCGUCUCAAAA